GGACGCGCGGCUCUCCUGUUGCUCUGAGGAGGCAGAGCCGGUGAUUUUCCACUGGCGAUCAUAUCUCUCUGGUCCCCCCUCGUUUGAGGAGACAAAGGUCAGAAAGACGAGCUUAUAAAUAGGACAAAUUAAAGGCUCGCUGCGCGCUCAAGACUCACUCGUGGACACAAGAGAACGUUUUUCCAUUUUUUUGGACGGAAUCAUUGAGAAUUUCCAUCAAGACAGCAGGGAGGUACGGGGAGCAGUGAGCAGCAGCGGUGGCCGCGCCCGGGAAUCAUUUUUGCUGAUUUAACCCCCAACUCCAACCCUUGAUGCUGAGUGCCAAGCAGGGAGAAAUGGCUCAAAAAGAGAAGCUCCAGUGCCUGAAAGACUUCCACAAGGACACGCUGAAGCCGUCCCCCGGUAAGAGUCCCGGCACACGACCCGAAGACGAAGCCGAGGGCAAGCACCCCCAGAGGGAGAAGUGGUCCAGCAAGCUGGACUUUGUUCUGUCCGUGGCUGGUGGCUUUGUUGGUUUAGGGAACGUGUGGCGUUUCCCAUACCUCUGCUACAAAAAUGGUGGAGGUGCAUUCCUUAUCCCCUACUUCAUUUUCCUGUUUGGUGGAGGCCUUCCAGUCUUCUUCCUGGAGGUCGCCCUGGGCCAGUUCACUUCCGAAGGUGGUAUCACCUGCUGGGGAAAGCUGUGCCCCAUCUUUACUGGCAUUGGCUAUGCCUCCAUCGUGAUCGUGUCCCUGCUGAAUAUCUACUACAUCGUCAUCCUGGCCUGGGGCCUGUACUACUUGUUCCAGUGUUUUCAGCCUGAGCUGCCGUGGGCCAAGUGCAACCAGCCCUGGAACACGGAGCGCUGCAUUGAGGACACGUACCGCAAGAACAAAAGCCUUUGGCUGCCUUCCAACUCCUCCAACUUCACCUCCCCUGUCACCGAGUUCUGGGAGCACAAAGUGUUGGGCAUCUCCAACGGCAUCGACGAGAUCGGCUCCAUCAAGUGGGACUUGGCUCUGUGUUUGCUGCUAGUCUGGGUCGUCUGCUUUUUCUGCAUCUGGAAGGGCGUCAAGUCCACUGGAAAGGUGGUCUACAUCACCGCCACGUUCCCGUUCGUCAUGCUCAUCGUCCUGUUGAUUCGUGGCGUGACCCUGCCUGGUGCCAGUGAGGGCAUCAAGUUUUAUCUGUACCCUGACCUCACUCGCCUGAAGGACCCAGAGGUGUGGAUCGACGCAGGAACCCAGAUCUUCUUCUCCUACGCCAUCUGUUUGGGCGCCAUGACGUCUUUGGGGAGUUACAACAAGUACAAAUACAACUGUUACAGGGACUGUUUGCUGCUGGGAGCCCUCAACAGUGGUACCAGUUUUGUGUCUGGCUUCGCAAUAUUUUCCGUCCUGGGCUUCAUGGCACAAGAGCAAGGGGUGGACAUUGCUGAUGUGGCAGAGUCAGGUCCUGGCCUUGCCUUCAUUGCCUACCCCAAAGCUGUAACCAUGAUGCCUUUCCCCACGCUCUGGGCCAUCCUCUUCUUCAUCAUGCUACUGCUGCUUGGCCUCGACAGUCAGUUUGUGGAGGUGGAAGGGCAGAUCACAUCACUGGUGGAUCUGUAUCCGUCCUUCCUAAGGAAGGGUUACCGCAGAGAGAUCUUCAUCGCUAUCCUAUGCUGCAUCAGCUACCUGCUUGGACUCACCAUGGUUGCCAAGGGUGGCAUGUAUGUGUUCCAGCUGUUUGACUACUAUGCAGCAAGCGGUGUGUGCCUUCUGUGGGUGGCAUUCUUUGAAUGUGUUGCUGUUGCCUGGGUUUAUGGCGUUGAUAACUUCUAUGAUGCUGUGGAGGACAUGAUUGGCUACAGACCAAACCCUUGGAUGAAGUGGAGCUGGUCUGUUAUCACUCCUUGCUUGUGCCUGAGCUGCUUCAUUUUCUCUCUGGUCAAAUACAAGCCGCUGACGUACAACAAGGUGUACAAGUAUCCUGAUUGGGCCAUCGGAGUGGGCUGGACUUUGGCACUGGCCUCCAUGAUCUGCAUCCCUAUGGUGGUGGUCAUCAAGAUCAUUCGAUCCGACGGGCCGCUCAUCGAGAGGAUCAAGGCGGUGGCCGCCCCCGUUCGCGGGGGAGCGAGUUCCCGCCCGGCAGACCACUGCAGUCCCCGAGACCUGGCGUACCGGGCGGACUCCAUCGGGAACAAGGGAGCUCUGAUGAAGGGUCCCAGCCACACCAUCGUAGAAACCAUGAUGUAACGCGAGCGGGAGACGCUCUCCAUGAGAUCGCUCUCCUCCCCCCUGCUGUCCUUCUAAAGCUAAAGCUAACGAGCCUUCUGUUUUACUGUCUCUCCGUCCGUGCGUCUGUCUGGUGGAAUGAAAAGGGUUUUAAGGAGAAAAAAAAAAUCGCAUUUUUCAGGAAUACUUUGGGAGGAUAGAAAAACAUUUCCCAUAUGUCUCAGCUGAAGACGCAAUAAUUGAUUAGCUGCUGCUUCCAUCACUGGACAAGAACUUUGAUUCAAUAUUAAACCUGUUGGAUCCAACUGUGGAUUUUUUAAAGGCUCAGCCUAAAAAGGCCCCAAAAAGCAAAGCUAAUUAUGACACAAAUGUGUUUUAACUGACCCCCCACUAACAAUUUUAGCUGCACUUGGAGGAUUUUGGAAAUGUCGAAAACACUCCAAAAUCACAUGACACAUCAAAGCCAAAAAAAGUACAAAAUCAAAGCUGCGAGUACUUUAGCUAACGCUAAGCUAACAGACAGAUCUUGGUCAAAGCAGAAUCCGAUGAAUGUGGAUCUCCUGAAAAGCAGGAUCUUGGUUCCUACAACGCACCUUAGCACGCGUGACCCCCCCGGCCCCCACCUUACCUCUCGAGCCAUCAACUGCAGCGAUGCAUCCGGAAAGGAUUUGAACUGUUGAACCCUUAAAUGUGUUGUGUUUGGCGUCGUGUCCAGUAUUAGCUAAUCCGUCUCUUAUCUAUCUCGAUAUCUCGCUGUUCUAGGCACCGUUUAGCGGCCGCACUACUCUUGGACCGCAUUUAGUUUGUUUUACCGCAGAGGAACUUACUUCUUCUUCUUUCUUAAUCCCUCCUCUGUCUAUCCUCUAUUAGGAAUGUAGUCUUCUGGUGUUUGCUGUUGAUGAUCGUCGCAGUAGUGUCACGUAGAACAAUGCUUGACUGGUAGACAUCAUACGGGCUAAAGUAUUGGGACACCCGGAAACAGGAAGUGAAAAUUGGGGGCAGAUGUCUCCGCUGUACCACACAGCAGAGCAAAGACAGGGAGGGCAGGCAGGAGAUCCGCUAAGGGAAUUACUCCCAAAAAAGUUUUUUUAUGUACAGUAGAACACGCUUCGUUUUGAGCACCCAUCUAUGUCGAUUGACAAAUCAGGUGCUGGUUGACGAUGUUCUUCUCAGGACUAAAAAGUGCACGCAAAAGUCGACGUUGACAUAAAACUUAUGACCCAAACGGGUCAUUUACAUGAAAAAUGGUCAAUGUAGUACCCCCGCAAACCCGAGAGGGAAAAGCGGUUGAAAAUGGAUGGAUAGUUUUUUCAACUAAAUAUAUUCACUACCUAGUUACUCAGCAUUAAUUAACACUGUGUGACUUCCCGUUCAGUGCAAAGUCAGCUUCAAAGUAAAUUUUACCACAACUUUUUAUAAGAUUUUUUUUUAGAUUGAUAACCACUGGAAAUAAGAUUUGCGUGUACAAUGGAGAUACUACAUUUUAUUCAUGUACAACUUUUACUUUUUAAAUUAAUUUAAUUUUAAUUUAAUGGGAAAAACAUUGUUCAAUAAUUUUAUAUUUUAGUGCAGAAUAACACAUUUUACGUAAUUAAAACAUACAAUUGCAAACCCUUCUGACACAACUCUCACUGGGGAUCGAACCCAGUUUAAACACGUAAAAGACCGGCACUGAUGCACCAGGGAAAUUUGCCAUUAUAUUCCUAUCAGUGACAGAGCAGGAAGGGGCUCUGAAAAAGUUUGUGGCAAAAUCGUACAUGCACUUAUUUAUGCAAAACAGGGGCCCCCACAGCACAUAAAGGAGUAUAACGUGUCAUGAAAAUAAAAUAUGCACAAAUGGAGAAAAUCAAUGUCAACAUAAGGAAACAAGUCCUUUAUUAUCGUUCAUUCUUCGUAUGUGUCAGGCCAGAGUCACAAGUAAAAAUAUUCCCGUGUGAGGGGGUGUCGACAUAAACGUGUUCUACUGUACAUGUUCAUGUUGCUGUGUAUUACAGAUAGAACACGUGCAGCAGGGGUGUCCCAAUACUUUUGCCCACAAUGUUGAGAGAAAAUGAUCCAUCUCGGGCUUGAAGAAAUAUUAAUAUAACUUCUAUGUAGCCAGGCCUGUCGUUUAUGGUGUGCCGUUCCAACAAUGGCUGCCGUACCUUCAGUAGGUGUUUCCUCGUCUUGUAAAUAUCAAGAGACCGGUUUUUCAUUUGGACAAAGUGUGCCAAACAGGACCAGGUGUCCGGUGGUUCUGCUCCAGUGGUUCUGUUGAGAUUUGUCAACAUGAAAUAUAAAGUUUAGGAGGCGUGAAAGUUGUCGUUUGGAACGGUUCUGAAAGAUAGCUUUGUUGCUUCAGCACCACGGACAGUGCUAUUGGUCCUGCAUUGAGCCUAAGUGCUGUGUCUCAAAUGGAAUACUUCCAAAACUGUAAUACUGUGUACUUAGUUACUAAGCACACACAUUUUGACAGUGUACUGCUGUCCCAAAUCCAUUACUGUCACUGCUCUCUUACCGGAAAUGACAAUCGCAAUAUUUACCUCUUUUUUCUCCAACUGGUUAGUACUUUCCACCGCUACAAGUUGCUUUUCAGCCGCCAUUAUUUCAACUUAGUCCUUCCCCUUUUGCUACGUAGCCAAUAUGGCGACAUUCAGGUAUUGCAUUUUGCCGUACUUAUGCGCUCAAAAGACUUAAGUGUAAGUACAGAAGUGUACCAAUUGAGACGCAGCCUCAAAGUGAAGCAGGCUUUCAGAAGUGCAUUUUUACCAGCACAGCAUUGGUACCACCGUGACACCUGAGCUUCCUUUAGCGUCAACGCGGUUUUGAUUUCUCAUCACAUAAAUAGUUAUCAUAUUUUAAUCCUGUGGACAGUUGAUGUCUUGACAUUGUGUAAUCCAGUUAAGGGUUGAUAUCAUGAUAUCAACCCAGUGAAGGGUUGAUAUCACCUAAUCCAAUAAACAGUCGAUAUCAUUUCAUCAUGUAAUCCAGUGAACAGUUAAUAUCAUGACAUCGAAUCCAAUAAACCGUUCAUAACAUUACGUCUAUUCCAGUGAAAAUGUCAUAUCAUGACAUCGCGUAAUCCAAUGAAGAGUUGAUAUCAUGGCAUCUAAUUUACUGAACAGUAUCAUGUCAUUGUGUAAUCCAACGAACAGUGGAUAUCAUGGCAUCUAAUUUAGUGAACAGUAUCAUGUCGUUGUGUAAUCCAACAAACAGUGGAUAUCAUGGCAUAUCAUUUAGUGAAAAGUAUCAUGUCGUCGUGUAAUCCAAUGAACAGUGGAUAUCAUGGUGUCUAAUUCAGUGAACAGUAUCGUGCCAUUGUGUAAUCAAAUGAACAGUUGACAUUAUGACACUGUAAUUCAGUGAAAAGUGAAUACGACAAUUAUCUUGAUAUCAUGGCAUCUAAACCAUGGGAACCGGUUGAUAUCAUGACAAUUGUGUAAACCAGUGAAAAAUGUAUACCAUGGUACCAUCUAAUCCAUUGAACAGUUGAUAUCAUGCCAUUGUGUAAUACAGUGAACAGUUAAUAUGACAAUAAUCUAGUGAACAGUUAAAAA